AUGCAACAGAGGAAACCGACGGCGGGUAGACCCACUGGCACCGAUGGAUCUGAUUUCUCAUACCGAAUGGUCGUUGACUCUCGUUACACCAAGGUCACUAAAGAGAAAUCUCGUCUCCGUCUUUUGAUCCUUGUUCAGGCUGUGAUUUAUAUAAUUGGAUUGUCGUGUGCGUCUCUGACGACGACUAAAGAGGAUGGGAGGAACACGCUUGGAAUAGCAUCUAGUGCUUUUGGCUUAGUGUGUUCAUUGAUAGGAGAAUUAGGUUGCAGACGUAGCAGAGUGAAUCUUUUACGGCUCUACCUGGCUGCAUCUACCGUUGUCAUGGUUCUUUUGGUGUUUUGUGCUGUUAGGAGCAGAUUAACAAUGGAGGCACGGAAUAGCUCGGGAACAGCAGCGAAGCUUGAGCUUGUAGGAUUCAUUUGUGCUCAAUUAGGAGCGGUGGUGCAGAUAUUGGCGAUCAUCGUUACGGGUUCUCUUGCCAGUAAUAUGUCUCCACCUACGAAGACAGCAUAG